UUUAUGUUUUUAUUAUUAUUAUUAUUAUUAUGGUCGGAGCUCUCUGUUGAUGCCGUUAAUUCGGUUUCAAAGCCACAAGCAGAGCCAUACACUCAGACCCCUUCCCAUUCACUCACACUGCUUUAUCCCAUCUUAUGGGAUAAUCAACUUAGAUGGUACAUUCGAUUUCUAGUUUUUCACGCUUUCUUAGACCUCAACGGAUUCAGAGCCAGGCCACGAACUUACACUUGACUCUACCUCUCCAUACUUGUGAACAUUAACAGCUCCAAAUUUCUCACCGUCUCCGGUUCGAGCUGUGAAACCAGUAGCCAUGGAAUCUAUGAAAGCUUCCUCUCUUACUUCACUUAGCAUUCGAACUGCAUUCGAUAGAACCCAAUUCAGAAAACCCAUGUUCCUGAAUUUUCAUUUCGGCCCAAUAACCCGCUCAUCGUUCCCUUUAGUUGGGACAAACCAACCUAAAUUCAAGGUUUUUACCACCAUAUCAUCCACGGAUUCAACAGAAACCAAAAACCCACCUGACUCAGAGCUUGAAACACGCAGUAAAGAUGAGAAAUUUGAUUGGUAUGCACAGUGGUAUCCAGUUAUGCCGGUCUGUGAUCUGGACAAGAGGGUGCCACAUGCGAAAAAAGUGAUGGGUCUUGAUGUGGUUGUGUGGUGGGAUAGGAAUGAGUGUGCUUGGAAAGUGUUUGAGGAUAGCUGCCCUCAUAGGUUAGCCCCACUGUCUGAAGGGCGGAUUGAUCAGAGGGGCAGGUUGCAGUGCGUGUACCAUGGUUGGUGUUUUAAUGGCUCUGGUGACUGCAAGUUCAUCCCCCAAGCACCUCCUGAUGGCCCUCCGGUGCACACAUUCAAGAGAGCAUGUGUAGGGGUUUAUCCAAGUACUGUGCAGAAUGCCAUUGUUUGGUUUUGGCCAAACACUGAUCCUCAAUACAAAGAUAUUAUUAUGGACAGAAAACCACCCUAUAUAUCAGAAAUAGAUGAUCCUUCUUAUACUAAAUUGAUGGGAAAUAGGGAUAUUCCUUUUGGUUAUGAGGUAUUAAUGGAAAAUCUUAUGGACCCUGCUCAUGUUCCAUAUGCGCAUUAUGGAAUAAUGCGAUCGCAACAACCCAAAAACAGAUAAGUAUUUUCAGAUAAUCCUUAUUUCAAUUCAAUUUGUUCUGGUCUCUAAAUUUAUAACUGAGAUCAAGCUGCCUUCACAGUGAAGGCUGAUAGAGGGGGCAGACCUCUCGAAUUGAUUAUUGAAAGGUUAGACAUCAAUGGGUUUGAGGCAGAUCAAGAGGUGAGGAGCAGAAGCAAGUUUUUUCCCCCCUGUGUGUUUUAUGCUUAUACUGACUCUAUGGUGGAUCAAGCUAAUGGAUCUGCAUCAUCCGCUGGAACCAAAGAGAAAACUUCAGUGCAGCGGAAAUUUUCUUUAGUAUUUAUAUGUGUUCCAGUUAGUCCAGGUAAUAGCAGACUGAUAUGGACCUUCCCAAGAAACUUUGGCCUUUGGAUUGAUAAGGUUGUGCCACGAUGGAUGUUUCAUGUGGGACAAAACCUGAUUUUAGAUUCAGAUUUAUAUCUUCUUCACGUUGAGGAGCGGAAGAUAAUAGAUGCUGGUCCUACCAAUUGGCAGAAAGCUUGUUUUGUGCCAACAAAGUCAGAUGCCCUUGUGGUUGGAUUUAGAAAAUGGUUAAACAAGUAUGCUGGAGGUCAAGUUGAUUGGAGAGGCAAGUACAGUGGGGCUCUUCCCCCAACUCCUCCUAGAGAACAGCUGAUGGAUAGGUACUGGUCUCAUGUGGUGAACUGCCGCAGUUGCAGUGUUGCAUACAAGGGUCUCAAUGUUCUUGAAGUUGUCCUUCAAGUUGCCUCUGUCGCUUCAAUUGGGAUAGUUGCUGCUAUUAAGCAGGGUGCGAUGUCAGCAGCUGCAAGAACAACCAUCGUUUUGUUGGCAGUACUAUGCUAUGCAUCCUCGAGAUGGUUGGCUCACUUCAUCUACAAGAAUUUUCAUUACCAUGACUACAGUCAUGCUCUUCGUUGAGAUUAGUCUCACUUACUUUUCGGCCUUAAAGUCUAAUCUUUGGCAGUGUAAAAUAUAGCAUCUGCCGUGUACAAUAAAGGUGGAUGAAACUUGAAAACUAUGUAUAAAAUUUAAACUUGCAUAAACUUGGGAUUGUGUUGGAGGUUGGCCAUUUCA